AUGGCAACUACAAUCUGUUUCGUCAUCUGGGUAUUAUUCAUAACAGGCAGCGUGUGGACUCAAAGUGUGAGACAGGCCUAUGAGGGAAAUGAUCCAGAAGACUGGAGUGCGGAUGACUUUGAUUGUCCCAUGGAGUGUUUCUGUCCCCCUAAUUUUCCUACUGCUUUAUACUGUGAAAAUCGAGGUCUCAAAGAAAUCCCUGCUAUUCCUUCAAGGAUCUGGUAUCUUUAUCUUGAAAACAACCUGAUAGAAACCAUUCCAGAGAAGCCAUUUGAGAAUGCCACCCAACUGAGAUGGAUAAAUCUAAACAAGAACAAAAUAACCAACUAUGGAAUUGAGAAGGGAGCCCUAAGCCAGCUGAAGAAACUCCUUUUCUUAUUUCUGGAAGACAAUGAAUUAGAGGAAGUACCUUCUCCACUGCCAAGAAGUCUAGAACAAUUACAGUUAGCCAGAAAUAAGGUAUCUAGGAUUCCUCAGGGGACCUUCAGCAAUCUAGAGAACCUGACCCUUCUUGAUCUACAGCACAACAAAUUGUUAGACAAUGCCUUUCAAAGAGAUACCUUUAAAGGGCUAAAGAACCUUAUGCAGCUUAAUAUGGCUAAGAAUGCCCUGAGAAACAUGCCACCAAGACUGCCAGCCAAUACGAUGCAAUUAUUUUUAGACAACAAUUCCAUUGAAGGAAUACCAGAAAAUUACUUUAAUGUGAUUCCUAAAGUGGCCUUCCUGAGGCUAAAUCAUAACAAAAUAUCAGAUGCAGGUCUCCCAUCACGUGGCUUUGAUGUGUCAUCAAUUCUAGACCUCCAGCUGUCUCACAAUCGCCUCACAAAGGUCCCCCGAAUCAGUGCUCAUCUGCAGCACCUUCACCUUGAUCACAACAAAAUUAAAAGUGUGAAUGUCUCACUAAUAUGUCCUACCACUAGCACACUGCACACUGAACAAGAUUCGUUCAUCCAUGGACCUCAGCUUAGCUACCUCCGCCUGGAUGGAAAUGAAAUCAAGCCACCAAUCCCAAUGGAUUUAAUGACCUGCUUCAGGCUUCUUCAGGCUGUCAUUAUAUAA